AUGAAAAGCUUCCCCAUGGCUCCCCCUAUUCUCCUCUUUUUCAUCCUGAGUGUCUGUAUUGGAGCUGCCCCACGUGGCAGUGAUGUGGCCAAAAUCUGCUGCUUACAAUUCAGCCAAAGGAUCCUUCCCUGGAACUUGGUGCAAAGCUAUGAAUUCACUAAGAGCAGCUGCACCCAGAAGGCUGUGAUAUUCACUACCAAAAAAGGCCGGAAAGUCUGUGCACAACCAAAGGAAAAAUGGGUGCGAAGAUAUAUUUUGUUACUGAAAGCUCAACAAAAUUAG